UCUUGCAGCUGCACGGUAGAAAGACUUGUGACACUGCUGAUCAUCUUCAGCUGGAGUCCUGUUGACUUGACACGUGUACAUCCUGACUACAGGUGAGAGAAACAUGUUUGAUUCGGGGUGAACUGUCCCUUUAAAGUUAGAACCGCAGACAUGCCCCUCCAUGUAAGCCCCGCCCCUUGUGAUGACGUCAGAGGUCGCUCAGACAGCACUUCAAACCUGCAGAGAAACUUCAGCCCUGCACACAGAAGAGAAGGAGAAGAUGGCCGACUCAACCAGCAGCUGCUCGGACUCUUCAUCAUCAUCAUCCAACAACUGCUCGUCUUCCUCGCUCAGGGACCUCACACGCUCAGCCUUACAGCUCGGUCACUGGAAAGAACCGAAGAAGUCGGCGGUGGCAUUCGGCGUGUCGCUGCUGAUCCUCGUGUCCGUGGCAACACUGUCUGUCAUCAGCGUGGUGUCCUACCUGCUGCUCACCUGCCUCUGUGUCACCAUCACCUUCAGAGUUUAUAAAUCAGUCCUUCAGGCCGUCCAGAAAUCAGAAGAAGGUCAUCCAUUCAGGUCCCAGCUUCAGAGGGAUAUCUCUGUGUCCUGCGAGUCGGUCCGUCUGCUGGCUGAUCAGAGUCUGAUCCAUCUGAACUGGUUCAGCAGUCAAACCAGGAGACUGGUGCUGGUGGAGGAUCUGGUUGAUUCACUGAAGCUGGCUGCUGUCAUGUGGAUGAUGACGUAUGUUGGAGCCAUCUUUAAUGGAGUCACCAUCCUGAUCCUCGCUGACAUCAUUUUCUUCACCACGCCACUGAUUUACCAGAAAAAAAAGACACAGAUUGACGGGUACAUCGAGCUGAUCCGGUCCAGAGUGGAGGAGAAGCUGCACAAGCUGCAGGACAGGUUACCUGGAGCUGUGAGAAGAACCAAAGCAGAGUGACCUGCACAUGCUGAACCCCCCCCCCCCCCCUCCCUGUUUGUCAGUGAAUCACCUGCUGUAAUAAAAUCCUGACUGAUAAGAAAAC